UGGGGCUCCUGAGCAUUCAGUGCAAUAACCAUCCUUACACCCUGGCUCUCACACAGAUAAUUAGGCUUGCUGCAUUAUUUCUGACUGUGCGCUCUCUCUCUCUCUCUCUCGCUCUCGCUCUCUAUUGCUGGUCUUUGGCUCUAUUCAGCCCUCUGACUCAUGGGCUGGGACCUUUGCGCUCUCCGUAAUGCAUCACAAAGUGAUACGAAAUGAAGACACUUUCAUCAUCUCUGCAUCAGGGGGAAAAUUAUUGCCUGAGCACUGAGCAGUCCUGUUAUUGAUUUAAACCAUAGCCUCAGUCUCUCUGUUGGAGUGGCUGGUGAUGUCCUUCUGGGUCGUUGCAUUUAAUCGGAUUCCCUGAGCUGCCAGGCACAGGGGGAGAGUUAGAAUAAAAUCCGUCUACGAUGUUCACUUCAAAAUCCAACUCUGUCUCCCCUUCUCCGUCCAUGGAACAGGCAGACUCGGAUGUCUUGGAUAUCAGCACCAAAGUGCAGCUGUAUGGCGUGCUCUGGAAGAGACCCUUUGGGAGGCAGUCUGCCAAAUGGUCCAGGAGGUUCUUCAUCAUCAAGGAGAGUUUUCUGCUUUACUAUUCUGAGAGUGAAAAGAAGAGCUUUGAAAGCAAUAAGUACUUCAAUAUCCAUCCCAAGGGCGUCAUACCUCUGGCGGGCUGCAUCGUGGAAGCCAAAGAAGAGCCCAACAUGCCUUUUGCCAUGAAGAUCUCCCAUGAGGAUUUCCACGGUAACAUUGUGCUGGCAGCAGAGUCAGAAUUUGAGCAGGCUCAGUGGCUGGAGAUGCUGCAGGAGUCUGGAAAAGUGACCUGGAAGAAUGCUCAACUGGGAGAAGCCAUGAUUGAGAGCCUGGAAGCUCAGGGGCUCCAGCUGGCCAAGGAGAAGCAGGAGUACUUAGAUAAGCUGAUGGAAGAGACAGAGGAGCUGUGUCUGCAGAGGGAGCAAAAAGAGGAGCUGGAGCGUCUUAACCAGGUGCUAGAGGCAGAGAAGCAGCAGUUUGAAGAGGUGGUACAGGAGCUGCGGCUGGAGCAACAGCAGAUUAAACGGGAGCUGGAAGUGACAGCUCAGUCCCUCAAAGGAGUGGAGGAGGAGAAGAAGGAACUGCGAAGCCUGACAGAGUCCUUACAGAAAACACUGGAGGAGCUCUCCCGGGAAAAGCAGAGAACCCUGGAGAUGCUGGAGGAGAAUGAGAGCCAACUUCAGCCCCUGGCCAAUGCUAGCAAGCAGCCGAACCCCACCGGGGGUCUGCACAGCAACCUGCGCCAGAUUGAGGAGAAGAUGCACCAGCUGCUGGAGGAGAAAGUCUUGGCAGAGAGAAGGAUGAAGGAGAAGGAGGAGCGGUCCCGAGCCCUGGAGGAGGAGCGGGAGUUUUACUCAUCUCAGUCACAGGUGCUGCAGAACUCGCUCUCAGAACUGACAGCAGAGAAACAGCAGACAGAGAGAGACCUCAAGGCUGAGAUGAAGGUGCGUAUGGAUCUAGAGAAGAGACUGAGGGAGGCUGAAGAAGCCCUACAUAGCUUGGAACAAGGCUUAAAUUCUCUGGAUCGCAACAAAGAGAAGGAGGAGAAAAUGAAAACAGAUGUCAGCAAUUUGAAAAAGUUCUUUGAGGAGUGCAUCCGGAAUGCCGAGCUGGAAGCCAAGAUGCCCGUGAUCAUGAAGAACUCCGUGUACCUCCACAAGGCUGCCACCCGCCGGAUAAAGAGCUGCCGGCUUCACCGCAGGAGGUCCAGCGCUUCAUGGAAUGACUUGAAACAGUCCCAGUCGUUCAUCUUCUCCCAGACAGAAGCCGAUAACAUUGAGGAGCUGAAGGAGGCAGCCAAGAGGCUGAGCCGGGACCAGCACUUCCGAGAAACCCUCUAUCAAAUCAUGAUGUCACAAAAAAAUUCUGCCUCAGGGGACGAAAAGUGAAUCCUCAUCUCCUCCCAUCAGGAUGGGGCUUCUGAUCUCAGCUCGUUGUUCACCUCAUCAGAAGUUAAACCACUGGGGUCAGGGGGAGGAUUUGCUCCUUUGUGGGGAAAGGGGCAGGAUGGAUGCAUGCAACACCCUCCAGGGUUGUGGCUUUUAGUGUGCGUUCCUGAGCAGUGCCAAUCUCUCUUUCCCUAGACUGCAGGGAGGCUCUGACAUUCACCCCAAAGCACCUCCCUUUACUUCAGCCAUUUCCAUUAGGAUGUGUUCUGCCAAAAUCCCACAAUCAGUGUUCAAAUGAAUCGUACUCUUUAGCUUAGGGAGUGUCGGGUCAUUUCUUCACAGUCUAGUCCCAGCCAAAUGUAGGUGCUGCUGAUAAACCCCUUUCUU